UUUGGCCCGGAAGCAGCCGGCGGCCCGGCCGGUCGGAGCCGCGCGCUGGUGUCGCUGUAGCGGCGGGGAGGAUGCGGCGCGCUGAGAUGGCUCGUACGGAGUGAGGAAGAGCCCGAACUCCCCCCCCGGCUCCGCUCUGGCUUCAGGCCCCUUCUCUCUGCGCUGCGGCGGGCGGAGGCGGCGCAAGGAGAAGCCCAUGGAGGGGAACCGGGACGAGGCGGAGAAAUGCAUCGAGAUCGCCCGGGAGGCGCUGGAGGCCGCCAACCGCGACCGGGCGCAGCGCUUCCUCCACAAGGCCCAGAAGCUUUACCCGACCGAGACCGCCCGAGUUUUGUUGGAAGCAAUUAUGAAGAAUGGAAGUGCUGCUGGGAGUGCUCCAUACUGCCAAAAGCCAGCAAAUGGCAAUGAUCAAAGUAAGCCCAGUAGUACAAAGGACAGCAAUGCGUCUGCUGCAGGUGAAAGUGGAAAAGGCUACACCAAAGAUCAAGUGGAAGGAGUACUCAGCAUAAAGACAAGUAAAAAUUAUUAUGAAGUACUUGGAGUGUCAAAAGAUGCUGGUGAAGAAGACUUGAAGAAGGCUUACCGAAAGCUUGCUUUGAAAUUUCAUCCAGACAAAAACCAUGCACCUGGAGCAACAGAUGCUUUUAAAAAGAUUGGAAACGCAUAUGCUGUGCUGAGCAAUCCAGAAAAACGAAAGCAAUAUGACCUUACAGGCAGUGAAGAGCAAGCAUGCAAUCACGCUGGCAAUGGUAGAUUUAAUUUCCACAGAGGUUGUGAGGCUGAUAUUACUCCAGAGGAUUUAUUCAACAUGUUCUUCGGAGGAGCGUUUCCAUCAGGUAGUGUACAUUCAUUUUCUAAUGGUCGAGCUGGCUACAGUCAUCCUAAUCAACACCGUCAUAGUGGACAUGAGAGAGAAGAGGAGAGGGGUGAUGGAGGCUUCUCAAUGUUCAUCCAGCUGAUGCCUAUUAUUGUAUUGAUCCUUGUCUCUUUGUUGAGCCAGUUGAUGGUUUCUAAUCCUCCUUAUGCCUUAUACCCAAGAUCUGGUACAGGGCAGACCAUCAAAAUGAAAACAGAAAACCUGGGUGUCAUUUAUUAUGUCAACAAGGAUUUCAGAAAUGAAUACAAAGGAGUGUCAUUACAGAAGGUGGAAAAGAGUGUGGAAGAGGACUACGUGUCUAACAUUCGAAAUAACUGUUGGAAGGAGAGGCAGCAAAAAACGGAUUUGCUGUAUGCAGCAAAAGUGUACCGAGAUGAUCGCCUCCGAAUGAAAGCAGACUCCUUGCCAAUGGACAACUGCAAAGAACUAGAAAGGCUGACCAGUAUCUACCGAGGAGGAUGAACUAGAAUUUUAGCUGUGCAUCCUUAAGUACGCUAUUAUAUCUCUCCGGUCAAGUGAGAAGAGAUUUAGUUUCAUCCUGAAAAUUGAAAGGAGGGUGGAUUUAAAACUCUACUGUGUAGCUGUUUCCAGAAUCCUUAUAAUGAAAUAUCAUUUAAUGGCUUCUUUACCUACUAUGAAAUAUAGAACAAAGUCAGUUUACAUAUUUUAAUUGUUUAGAUUUUACUUCAAAGGCUUCCGUGAAUUCUUUCAGCAGAGAGUAGCUCAGAAAGGAUGCCACACUUGUAGAGGCUUGGUGAUAGUGGUUCUCCUCUAACAUAUUUGUCAUGUAAAUAUCUAUGGAAAGAACACUUUGUGUAUAUACAAGUUAAAUGACUUUCUAUUUAAAAUCUCAGAAAUUUAGCUCCAUAAAAUAUUUUGUUUCACUGAUUAAAUAAAUAGUAUGACUACAUCACUCCUUAUUCAGAUGUCAAGUGUGUGUAGUUUAAACAAAAAAAUUUAAACACUUUAUCUCUAACGUUAUGUACAAUCUUCAGGCUUUACCAGCUUAGAGGAACUUGAUAUUUUAAAAAUAUAGCAGUGUAUAUUCUUAAAUAUAUGUUGGGAUAAAUUGAUUUAGCAUAGAGUAGCAGUUAGCUGUUGUUUUUAAGAAUUUCUGACCAAUACUAAGAAAACCAAGAGCUUCACUAAUCUCUUUUAAAAGUAAAUAUUUGUAAAGUGCUGUACAGAAGUUAUGAACAUUGCUUUUAGUACUUGUAGUAAUUUACAGCAACUCUGUCCUUUGGUAUUUCAGUAGUAUAUAAGUCCAUAAGCAUGUUGAACAUGCAUUCCCAGGUUCCUUAUUUUUCACUGAAAAGGUAGAGGGAAAACCUGCAAUAGUAAUUA